CCCGUGGGCCCCAGGUACCCGCAUUUUGCCUUUUUCCACCACACCUGCUUCCCAUCUCGCAUGUCUGCGCCGUUGGGGCCUUCCAUGCUACCUUGAUAUCUGCAAACCACGGGCCCUUCCCUACACCUGCCUUGACGACGGCCCGCGUCCGCCCCCAGAGGGCUUGCCGGCGCCUCUGCAGCCUGUCUUCUUUGGUGAAGUUUUCCUCUACGGGAAUAUUUCGCAAUGGUGGACGUGCGGAAUGGCGGAGGCGACGCUUCACCCUCCACCGCCGUGAACCACCCCAAUGCAGACGCAGCGCAAGGGGACGACCACGCGCAACGCGGCUCCUCAAAUCCUGCCGGUGCUCAGGAAGAUAUGCCGCCUUCAAGAGCGCCGAGCAAGGCGUCCUCGACGAGAAACUCGACUCCCGCAGCUGCGUCCGCGGACCCCAGUCAGCCCAUGCAGCCAGCCAACGGAACGCCAACUGCGACAGAGGAAGCACUGCAGCCGCAGUCCACUGGAGCUGCUACGUCAAGUUCCUCAAAUGCCUCUGUAAAGGAGUCCAGGGAAGCGCCCACCGCCCCGUACGGGACGCGAUCGCGCAACCGCCCAGGCACGUCACGACCGAACUACGCCGAGGACGUGGAAAUGGAUUUCGAGAUGGCGCCCGCCGCGGCGAACGGAAGCGCCUCUGACCCUCCAUCGCGUGGUUCCGUGAGCACCGAGAGCGGACAGUCCUCAGGUGCGAGUGGGAAGAAGGGUUCCGGUGCUGGACAGGGCAAUGUGCCGUGGGGUAAUUCCGGAACCAACCCAAAAGACAUCCCAGCCAACGCCAAUAUCCCCGGGACCUCGAGUUUUGUCGCGAACCCAACCUCCGCCUCUACGCAACCGCCCAAACGACGAAAAAAUGCGGCAGGUCACGCUACGAAUGGAAGUCACGCGAAUGCUGCCGCGCCAAGCCAGGCAGGAACGAGGCGCACCACCAACGCCGUGGCGGCGGCCAACGGCACGCGAGAGUCCACCAUGAUGACCUUUGAGAACACAGGGGCUUUUCUCAAGGACGGCCAUCUGGAGGCAGAUGACGGCCAGAUAGUAUCAGUCAAUGAUCAGGUCUAUCUCGUGUGCGAGCCGCCCGGGGAGCCUUACUACCUGUGCAGGGUCAUGGAGUUCAUCCACGUCGACAACGACCCCAAGAAUCGUAUCGACUCAAUGCGGGUGAAUUGGUUCUACCGCCCGCGGGAUGUGCAACGCUACAACAACGACACGCGCCUGGUGUAUGCAACGAUGCACUCGGACAUAUGCCCCAUCACGUCGCUGCGAGGCAAAUGCCAGAUCCUGCAUCGGAGCGAGAUCGGCGAUCUCGACGAGUAUCGCAAGACGAAAGACAGCUUCUGGUUCAACCAGGUCUUCGACCGCUUCAUCCACCGCUGGUACGAUGUCAUCCCGACCUCGCAGGUUAUUAACGUGCCCGAAAAAGUCAAGAAGGCGCUAGACGAGCGCUGGAAGUACAUUUGCCUCGAGACCAGCCGCGUCAAGGAAUUGACCAGCGCCGUGAAGACCUGCAAACGCUGCGUCGGAUUUUGUGCAACGAACGAUUCCGUGGAAUGCGCCGUUUGCCGCAAUACAUAUCACAUGAACUGCGUCCGUCCGCCUCUGUUAAAGAAGCCAUCACGUGGGUUUGCGUGGGCCUGUGGGCCUUGUAGCAGGGCCCAAGAAAAGAAGCUCGAGGCCCGGCGCACCCCGCUCCUAGGCUCAGGAAAUGAGGAAGCGGAUGAAGAAGAGCUACUCGACGAGGAAGAGGAGGAUGCCAAUGCCGAGACCACUGCCCCGACCCCGAACGACUCUGACACCCAAGUGGAUCUCCACCCUGGCACGCAAGCAGAGAUAGCGCUAGCGAAGAUGUGGCCGAUGCGAUACCUCGGCAUCCAUUGCCGAGUGGAAGACGCCCUGCAAUACGAUGACCGGGCCAUAUAUCCUCGCGCCAGUUCGCGGUUAGGUCCGCGACAUCAAGCAAACGUCAACGUCUGGCAUGGCCGACCCGUUGAGCUCGUCAAGCCUGCAGAGAUUAAGAAGCGUUAUGUCAAGGCCGCAGGCCACAAGAAGGACACCAAGCUGUCCAAGGAGACCGUCGCUGCAAUGGAGGCCGACAAGGCGGAGAAAGCCAAGCGGCCCAAAUGGGUUAUGGACGAACCAGCCGGUUAUGUGCGACGCGGCGAGGACUACCCGAACAAGGAUUUGAAGUGCACAGCGGAGCUCAUGUUCAAGAUGCCUCCCCUUGGCGUUCAUUCCACACGGGGCGAAGACGACGCUCCCACGAUCACUCCAGAGCAGGUCGAGGCCUACAUGAUGCGGGCCAAGGCGCUGGCGAAACCCUAUGUCGGCGUUGAACCGUACAAUACGAAUUUCCUGGACAAAUGCCUGGCUCUUCUCACGAAGAACCAGUACGACGCCGAGGCAGCCUUAAAGCAAGUCAAGAAGCUGGACAAGCGAAAAGAUCUCAAGGAGCCUGAGCUGACCAAAGAGGAGGAGAAGAAAUGGAAUGAAGGCGUCGCCAAGUAUGGCUCCGAGAUCAGGAAUGUUCGCCUGCAUGUUAGCAAGACAAUGCUUUAUGGAGAUGCCGUCCGCUACUAUUACAUGUGGAAGAAGACUCCCAAGGGCAAGGAAAUCUGGGGUUCUUACAGCAACCGGAAAGGCCGGAACAAAAAGGCCGAGGCUGACACUCACACGCGGCUUCUCGACGAUAUCGCGGAUGACCACGACGAUUCCGCGUUUGACAACGAGAAGGCAAUCCAACGCAAACGCAAUUUUCAAUGCAAGUUUUGCAAUAUUCGACAUUCGCGGCAAUGGCGGCGUGCACCAGGCGUUCCUCCUGGACAAACGGUGGCUGCGGAUGGCCGAACUAGCAAAGACAAAUUGAACGGUUGGGUCGUGGCGCUGUGCCAGCGUUGCGCGAAUCUCUGGCGCAAGUACGCGGUCAAGUGGGAGAACACGGAGGAAAUAGCUAGGAAAGUCGCUCAAGGUGGAGGAAAAGCGUGGAAGAGGAGGAUCGACGAAGAACUUCUGCGCGAGGUCUACGCUGCGACAUCCGACGCUGGUGUAAUGAACGGUGCCCUAGAGUACGCCGACAUGCCUGCCGCGACUGCACAGCCUGUCGCAGAACCGCCAAAAAAGAAGCAGAAGACUGCCGCAACAGCAUCAGCAGCAGACAGUGGCACAUCUACACCUUUCUCCGAGCCCGCUACCAAGAAGAAGGAGAAGGAGAAGGCCGCGCCGCCACCCAAGGCUCCCACACCCCCGCCAGUGCCUGCUCAACCCCGGCUAAGAGUCCUCCCCUGCGCCGUCUGCCGGUCGGCUGAAGGAACAAGGCUGGAAUGUGCUGCAUGUCGCAUGAAUGUCCAUAAGUCGUGUUAUGGUAUCGAGGAAGUUCGGCAAGCUAACAAGUGGUUCUGUGACCCGUGCAAGAACGACAAAAAGGAAAGCGUGUCAUAUAACUACGAGUGCGUGCUAUGUCCACAGAACUCCGGGGAGCAGGAUCUCUAUGAACCGCCAAAGGUCUCCCACAAGAAGAAGACGGAUCGAGAGCGAGAGAAGGAGAGAAUGGAAAAGGAGCUUGUGGAAAAGGCCAAGGAAGAGUACCGUCUCAAGCAGCAAGAGAAAGGCAGGCCGAUCUUCCCCCGCGAGCCUCUCAAGCGGACCGCCGACAACAAUUGGGUGCACGUCUAUUGCGCACUUUGGCAUCCGGAGACGAAGUUCAGCAGCGCGACCAGGCUCGACAUGGUGGAAGGUAUUGGUGCACCUACCCUGCGGUACGAUAGCACUUGCAAGCUGUGCAAGACGAAGCACGGCGCAUGCGUGUCGUGCCAGCAGUGCUCCGCCAGUUUCCAUGUUGGGUGUGCGCAUAGCGCUGGCUAUACCUUUGGGUUCGACAUCACACCUGUCAAGGCCACAAGGCGGGAUGCAGUACCGACAGUCACGCUCAAUGGAGAGACGGGUGCGAUGGUGGCUGGAAUUUGGUGCAAGGAGCACUCACCAAAGACUAUCAUUCAUCCGAUGAAUGAGGAGGCCGAGGGCGCUGACCUGGUCGCGCUGCAACUAUUCGCUCGUGAGUUUAAACAGGCAGAUCUUACGCUCACUGGCACCGCGCGCAAGGCGAAUCUUGUCGACCAGUCCACGCGAACCAUCCCCCAAUCAGCGCCACUUCAGAGCAAUCGUCGCACAUCUACGGUUACGAACCAAACACCUACGUCCGCACGUGGCCGGCAAUCAAAUGCUGGCUUGGUUAUCAAGGAAGAAGAGCCAGCUGAAACGACCGUGGCCAAGACCGAGCGGAAAUGUGCCCGAUGCCAGAUUGACGCUAGCCCUCGCUGGUGGAAGGUGGAGGAGCCAGGCCAAUUUUCUCAGCACCCUUCAAGAGUCGUUGACGGAGCAGUAACCACGAACGGCGGGGAGCCUGGCCAAAUCGCACCUCGCGAGCAAUCUCAGCCGGUCAACGGUUCCAUCGAUCAUGCUAUGAUAGAUGCACCUCCGUUAGCUUCUCAGGAACAGUCAGGCCGGUUACGAGUGGAUACUGAAGUCGGGAUCGAGCGCCCCGUCUCAUAUCUAUGCCAGAAGUGUCACUGGAAGAAGCUGAACGCACCCGAUGAGCCGGAAGAACGCGAGAGGUCGGCAUCGGUGCAUGUCGAGCCACAACAACUUCCCAUCCGAUCGCCUCCCGUGCAGCCGUUCGUGGCCCCGCCUCCACCACCGCCUUCUCUAGGAGGAGCAUGGAUACCGCCGCAGCAACCGCCGCCCUUGCCCGCAUGGCACAGUAGUGGGCCUCCGCCUCCUGGACCUUCGCCUCACGCCCCUCCACCCCACUCUCUACACAAUGGCAUCGGCCAUCCUCCACCAGGGCCUCCUAUCAGCCAUGCUCCGCCGUUUCACGCGCCGUAUAAUCCAGUGCAUCCCCCCAACGGAUACCCGCCGUACUCUGGACCCCCGGUGCAUGCGCCGAUGCCGCCUGCUUCUCUUCGCCCGCCGUAUCCGCCUCCUCAUCCUCCUACCAGCGGCCCUCCUCCAGCCCUUCAUCUCAACAAUGGAGGAAUAAUGGUGAACGGCAUGCACUCACCUCGCAUGCCGUAUUCUCCGACUCAUCCACAUGGGCACAACUCAUCGCGUUCCACAGAGAGCCCGUUCAGCGGGCCGCCCCAGAUGUCGUUCCCUCCUCUGCACCACGGUAGCCCCGCGCCGGGCCGGCCGUCAACUCCGAGGGAUACGGUGAUGCGGGACGUCCCAGCUGUCACGGCGCCGCCGCCGCCUGAGCGGGUGAGCACAGGAGCGAGUGCCAGUCCUUCGCUCCGCAACUUGUUACAUUAGAAUUUCCUUCCCUUCCUUUGUUCGACUUGUGUACUUGGCAAAAAUGAUUAUAGCAGUC